GUCUUGGGCUUGUUUAGCAGCAGCACAUACACAGAGAGAAACUUCUGCUCGACUCAUGCCAAGCGAGUUUGCCCACGUCUACCGCUGUGGGGGGCAGACCGGACGAACGCAAGACGAACCCAAAAUGCCAUCUUACUCCCUCAACCAGUUUGCUGACCUGGAAGAGAUUGUUGCUAAGAAGUUACUAAAUCUCGACUUGAGGGAGCAGAACGGACUGCUACCAUCCCUCAGUCUGGCAAUGAGGACACCAGGUUGCAUCGGUCAGCCACGUAGCAACACAUCGUUUUCCCUCUCGUCUCUCGCCUGCCUCCCCGCUGAGCCUUCAGACGGUGUAUUUCUGACCUCCAGCCAAUGGGGGCAACAGUCGGAAAGCCCCCUGCCCUCCCAGCUUGCUAAUUCUACCCAAUGGGGAAAGUCUGGCUUCCUUGCUCAGCGCUCCAUCAGCAUGGUAGAGACCAGCAGCGCCACAGCAGCAAACCUAGGCUGGCCCGGGACUGACAUAAAGCACUCCCAGAGUGACCUCAGCCCCACUGCACUGAACACUAGCUCCUCCUCAUCCACCUCAUCUGUGUCCUCUUCCUCAUCCCGCUAUAAGACUGAACUGUGUCGAUCUUUCACUGAGAGCGGCUUGUGCAAGUACGGCGGGAAGUGCCAGUUUGCCCACGGGGCAGAAGAGCUGCGGGAUCUAAGCAGACACCCGAAGUACAAAACGGAGCCGUGCCGUACGUUUCACACCAUCGGCUUCUGCCCGUAUGGGAUGCGCUGCCACUUUGUCCACAACAAUGAGGAAGAAAAGAAACACUCAUUCUCUCGUUCCUCCUCAUCCUCUUCUUCUUCUUCCUCAAGCCUCCCCCAGCAGCCACCUUCUUCCUCCCGCUCGCACAGACCUCCUCUCGUCAGACAAAGCUUCAGCUUUGCUGGGUUUCCCUCGGCUCCCCAGCAGUCCUUUCAGCCUGCCUUUAAUGCUCAUCCUCCUCCUGCCACUGCUUCCUUCACACAUGCUCCGUCAGCCUCCACUCCUUCCUGCGCUGACAUUACUGACCUCCUUUCUCAUGCCUUCUUGGAGAUGGACUCUGCCUUCGAGGCCUCCCCUACCCACCAGUACCAGCUCUCCAUGGGCCAGGCCACUGCAGCAGAUCCCCGGUCUCCAUUCCUGCCUUCGCCAGACUCUGGCUGCUCUCCGUGUGGGCUUUCUCCGACUGCCUCCCCUUCCCUGAGGCAGAGUCCCGUUGCCACCGGGGUCUUUUCAGGGCCGCUGGGUCCCCGAUCCCUGUCCUACACCUCUUUGUCAGACCAGGACCAGGAUGGAAGCAGCUCUGCAAGCUCCCUCAGUGGCUCCGAAUCCUGCGGUGGCAUGAACGACGCCAACGGCAAACGUCUGGCGGUGUUCAGUCAGCUCUCUGUUCCUGAGGAUGCUACUGGGUUCUGCCUCUAGGCUGCAGUGUGCUGGAACACAAACAUACAUACUUGCAUACACUCAAACACAGACAUGCAGAACCCUGAAUACUCUGACACAAUAUAUGCAGUACACACAAAUCCACACUGAAGCCCGCACGAUGCUCACACACUUGACCCCUAUAAAUGCGCACCUACUACACGCAGCCGGCAGACUGAGACCUCAGGCGUUCCUUGCAUCUUUGUGACAUCAAAGGAAACAAGGACUUACUUACUGACUCAGGACGCUCAGAGAUAUAAUGUGGUUAAAAUGGCACUGGUAUAUGCGUAAGGGAAGCCGCAGUGAUGCUGAAAGUACAAUGUGUGUUUCCACCAAAACAGAGUACAUAUCAAGAUAGAAGUUUAAUAGUGCUGGAAGUGUUUGAUGCUUCAUCACAAUAGUAUGCUGAGAUGGCAAACUUCUACAAGAUGUAGUAAUCACAGUGUGAUUGGCCAAUCAAUGCUGCCUGUUGUUGAGUCCAACCAAACCCUUUUUUUAUUGCGUUUCACCAACACCUUCUGAGUGAUCUAAAGAAUGUGACAAAGCCAAAGACAUCUGUUUUGUAGCUCAAACGUUUUGAUUAUGGUGGUACAAACACACAGUGUGACCUAUGUUUAGAAAUGAUUUUUUUUUUCCCCAUUAACUGUACACGCAGUAUUGUGUGUGUUUAUACAAUGGUGAAAUAGUUUUUUUUCCCCCUCAUAAUUGUUCAGUCUGAGGUUCCGUUUAGAUCGCUGGCCUUGAACCUGAGUGUUAAGUUUUUAAACAACUGAAGUGCCUGUAGCGUUAUUUGACAGGUCAUGUUACAGUGUUGAAACAAGAUUUGCUGGUUUGUUAGGAGAGAUGUGAGGAGGGGUGUGAGGUUUGUUUUUGUUUCUUUUGGUUCUUUUUACUAAGUAAGUAAGCUAGUGUGAGUUCAGGUCUCUCUGUUGGGAAGACUUCUACAAGUGUUGUUCUUUUGUCUCUUGUGCAUUAUUGACAAACUGCCACCAGUAAAAUGGCAAAUGACCAGAUGUAACCUGCCCUACAGGAGGAGGAGGAACGGGGACAAAAAGCCAAGUGCCCUUGAUCAUACUUUUUCAAAUCUCAUGUCCAUGACGUUUCUUUAACUGUUUAUGGGCUAUGAUAUUGUGUGUUAGCACAAACAGCAGGCAUUGCAGAAAACCCAUCAAUAUUGGGACUCAAAGAUAGACCAAAAAGAAUAUUAAAUGCCAUUGUGUUAUUCCUGCAUGUCGUUUUCUGUAAACCGAUACAAUCUGAAUAUUUCUUGAGUUACAAGGCACUUGCCGCAGGAGUUAAGUUUAAUCAAGUCAUGUGAAUGUUUCAUGAAAGUCCUGUUUACCUCUGGCAUGUUUCCUAAAAACAUUGUGGUGCUAAUCUGUAUUUUGAGAUUAUCUUAAACACAAACAUUCCCCCGGAGAUGGAUUUUUUUUUUUUCUUCUCCCCUAACCAGUGUUACAUGUUUUAUAAGUAUUCAUGUUUUUGUGACUUAUCACCCCACUCACCAUAGUUCAUCUCUCCUUCUCAUUCAGUAUUAAUUCUUCCUGUUAACGGCUUUGUACUGUUAUGAAUGUGUAGCGUCCCGGUCACACGUACGUGAACUGCGCACCCGGGUCUGUUGCCUUUACUGAGCUACUGUAGAUCCAGCAUUCUGUAGUGUAGAAAUUUUACUUGGCUGUUUUUGUGUGUUAAAUGAUGUAGUUGGUUAGGGGAACAGACGCCGUGCUGUUACUGGUCUAUUUAAAAUUGCCUUUUCAUCAACAUGUUUGAGGCCUGUUUAGUGUUAAAGGUGAUAAUCUUUAGUAACUUAAUUUCUUUAAUUUAUUUUAACGUAUUUAUAGAGGACUUUGAGUUGUUAAUGCUUGUAUCAAGUUUAAUAUAUUUGUUUUGUGCCCUUUUUUUUUGCUUUUUUUUUUGUACUGGAAAUAAAGUUGUUUUUUUUUUUAA